CCGCUGGCAAGUCAGUGCACACGAGUCCGUCGGAAGGUGAGGUUGCUGCUCGUCGCCGCUCGAAGUCACAUGUACCUCGGGCCACAGUGAGCGUGUCGGCCGAUAGGUUCGCUGGAGUGAAACUUUUUUUGUCCCGAUAGCACCAGACUGUCAGUGGUGCUCCCACCCAGCCCAGCCUCCCCACGGUGAACGCUCUCCUUUGCAAGCCCUGUGUCAACACUGCCAGAUGAAGCUGAGGCAGAGUCGGGUCACGGAACUCUGGGGAACUUGACCUCGUGAGUGGUGAUGGUGGUGGGCGUGGACGUGUUUUGAUUGGUGUCCCUUGAGGAGAAACACUUGCAUAGACUGAAACUUGAACUUCUGUUGAACCUCUGAAAGUCUAUCACUCAUCCGCGCCUUCACCCCUCCUCCCCCUCCCCACGCCGUCUGGGCCCGGCAGGAUGGGCUGGCGUGUGGGCUGUGCUGGUGGUGGUGGCGGCGGCGGGGCUCAGCUGCUGCUGCUGCUUUUGCAAGUUAUCGUGGCCUGGGUCGAUACCACGGCAGGUGCCGUGAUGGUGCAGGAAAGGCUGAAGGUGGCGGUGACAAAGGUGACAGGUGACGGAGCAGUGCUGAGCUGGGAGACCACGGUGGGGCAGCAGCACGCCCUCACCUGCUCGCUGCACUACGGCCCGCAGACGGAGGCUAUGCUGGUGAAGACGGAGGUGCGCACGUCAGCGAAGAACAUCAAGCUGGCGCACCUCAGCCCCCACACCACCUACCACGCCUCCCUCAACUGUAGCCAAGCCGCCGCCACCUACAAAAGUAACACCGUUCACUUUACGCCCCAUGGGGACCCAGCCGUGGCCCUGGAGGUGCGCCCCCCGCCCUCCCCGCCCCCGCCCAGAGCAGUGGCGGACUCCUCGUCGUGGUCGUCUAGAGGAGGCAAGGACGGGGAAUCGGCGGGAGACGGAGGGAUAGUGGUCAUGAUGAGCCAGCGACAUAUGAACGCCCCUCGCAGAGACCCUCACAGCGCCGUGCCCUCCACCAGCGUCAUACUGGGUGCUGUGUGCGGCGUGGUGGGCUUCCUUAUCAUCAACGUGACGGUGGUGAUGGCGGUGAGGCAGUACUCCCACAGGCGCGCCCGCAGACGACGCCUCCUGGAGCUGCAACUGGAGCAGCAUGGAGGUUACCUUUAUAACUUCGAGCAACUGAUGGCAGACUACAAUCAGCAGAUCAACGCGAGUAACUCUUAGAGGGAGGAGAAGCUCGGAGUUGUGUUGCUGCGGUGAUGGGCGCGGCGGUCACUCUUGAAUGCGACCCGUGAAGUGCUGUCAUGUUACCGUGCGUGAGAAGGAAGAUGGUGGUGGAAAGGACGAAUUGUACAUAAUUUGGUGUCCGAGAGAAGAAGGGAACUGUUGUGAAGGACGUUCUUUUUAAGCGUGGUAUCGAAAUGUGAAUGAACACUCUUUUGUGCGGUUCGUUCGAGGUUUUGAUCUUUUGGUUUGUGGAUCGAUCGAGAAAGAGAGGACUUGGUUUGGUGGUGGAAUGUUUUGUAUGUAGGUUUCGUGUGUGUGUGUGUGUGUGUGUGUGUGUGUGUGUGUGUGUGUGUGUGUGUGUCCAAGCGGAAAAAAGUACUCAGAAAAGAAUUUAAUAUGGAAGUGUUUGUAUGCCGCGUACAUACCUCUCUCUCUCUCUCUCUCUCUCUCUCUCUCUCUCUCUCUCUCUCUCUCUCUCUCUCUCUCUCUCUCUCUCUCUCUCUCUCUCUCUCUCUGUAUAUAUAUUUUCAUUUCUCUUUUCCUAUCUCUUCUCUUGGGCGCGUGAGGGCGGUGCCACAUGUGCCGGAGCGUCUCCUCGUCCAUACAGGGAUGGUCUCAGUGCGUGAUGGAAACUUUGCCCGAGACCCUUCAGAAGUUUGGACUGAAAGUGUUUUUGAAGCAGAUGAAAAAUCACGGCGUUCUUGUGAAAAGUUAGAGUGCAGUGUCAGAUCGGCGUCCUUGUUUUGAUCUCAGACUAUGUGCGAUUAUCGUGAUGGACGUCAAAGAUGCCCUUUUUUUUUAUGGAGAAACAUUUGCUUCAGUACUCGCCUUCUCUCAAGACAUGGAGGACGGUUGUGAGGGAGGUUUUUUUUGGUCUACCAUGGCGGACACCAGCUAGCUUCCUACGGGAGUACUGCAGCAGAGGCGAGGCUGAGGGACUGAAGGGCAGGCCGAUUCACUCUCGCUGGACCGUGAUAGCGAGACGGAGACGAGACGAAGACGUUGGGGAAGACGACACAGGGAGGAAGAGAGUGUGGCGGGCGCUGCAGGCUACAAGACAAUGGCCAAGAGACGCUGGAAAUGGAAGGAAAGGAAAGAAAAGGAGGAAAUGGAGAGUCUUUUGUGUCGGCGGAGUGAAGGAGCUCAGGAGGGCAACAUUCUUGUGCCAAAGAAAACAAGAAUACGCACAGAAACCCAACCUUCCGCCAACAUAAGGAAAAGAAAUAUUACCUGAAACCAUUAUUAUUUACCGCCAUGGCAAUUCCAGAAAGAACGAAACAUUGCGAAGUGCGACGAAACUCUGUGAAAAGCCAACACUAAUCAACGGGGAGAAUAUAUGUGUGGUGAAUAAAAAAAAUGUAUAUAAAAAAAAGAAGGAAAGAGGGAGAGAAAAAAAUUGAAAAUACUGUUCCCGUGCCAUCCUCCCUCCCCGCCUGGCUCCGUCUGGAAAGGGAUGGAGAAAAGAGGCAGAAAGGAGUAGAGGAGGUGGAGGAGGAGGAGAGGAAGGCAAGACUUUUAUGUCGGGUGGGUGAAGGUUUUGAUUGAAUUUUGCCUCCCAGACUUGUGAAGUUUAACCAGAACCGAGAUUGAAUUCCCGGAAGAGGCUGACGGCUUGGCUGGCUGUGUACUCUGCCCGGCAAGGUCACGUGACGGGUUUGUUGCUGUUGUCUAUACACGAUAAACCAAAAGUACCGCAUGUACGUUUUCCUCAAUGAGCUGCCGUUUUCUCCCGCGUCCACUGUGAAGAAAACGGGUGAUGGAGCGGUGAUACGUAUAGAAGAUAAACAUGAAAGACUGUGAACUCAGGAAAUUUACCACUAGCACUAUGUAUGUAUGUAUGUAUGUAUGUAUGUAUACUGCGAUGGAAAACGAAUGAAAGAGAGGUAAACUUGUCAUUGAUGAUUUGAGUUUUAAGUUUUCUUCAUUAAUUAUUCACGCAGCAGGCAGCGAGUCACUCAGCUGAUCCAGGAUGAAAACUGCGACCAGGAAAAAAAAUCGGUUGUUUCGCCUCAAGAGGACGAAAUGAGAUUGCCAAGGACAGCGGGGAUAGAACUGUGUCCGGAGAGAGAGAGAGAGAGAGAGAGAGAGAGAGAGAGAGAGAGAGAGAGAGAGAGAGAGAGAGAGAGAGAGAGAGAGAGAGAGAGAGAGAAAUUUUUUUUUCCGCUGGCUGCAGAAGUAGGUGACCAUAAAGGAGAAUAUCUCAUUUCAGAGUUUGUACAUACUCCAUAUUAAAGAAAAGACAAAUAUUUAUAAGGGAGAUAAGUAGCGGGACCCAAAUAUUUACUCUGGUCCUUCAAGUGAUAUUCGUUCUUGGCGCCGCAUCACCUUCACGGAAUUUUUAGAGAGAAGAGAAGAAGUAGUGAGUGGAAGCAGAGAGCGCCGCGCCCAGCCUGAGGAACACAUCUGCUGUACAUUGUGUCUUAUUAGAGUUGCGCCGGAUCGGUCCAGGGCUGCGUGUUAGCCUCUUCGCCCUCGCCCUUGUCUUCGGUCAGGGUUGAGGUCUGGUGCAAAGCCACGGCGCGGGAGGAAGGCGGCGACGGUAUGCCAGGGGUGAGGGUCCUUGCUGCUCUCUGUUUGGGGAUCCCUGGCGCCCUCGUCCCUUCUUCUUGCUCCUCUUUCUCGCACUUCAUAAUGUUUUUUUUUCCUCUCUCCUUUCUCACUUUUCCUCCUUAACUCUACCGAUUUUUCCGAGACCCUCGCCUCGCCGCAGCGCUGAAAUAUUUUUGUGAGUCUCUGGAGAGUGUCUAGUAGGCCCUCUUGCCUCAGUCUUUAAAUGCAUCCUUUGUGGGGUUCAUUUGGAGAGAGAGAGAGAGAGAGAGAGAGAGAGAGAGAGAGAGAGAGAGAGAGAGAGAGAGAGAGAGAGAGAGAGAGAGAGACUUCUAUCCAAUAUAAAUGUGGUAUGAAGGGACUUUUUCAAGAGCAUUUUUAAAACUUUGAGGCACAGACGGCGCCGCAGUGAUGUAACAACACAGUCAUUUCUUUCUCUCCGUAACGAGGCUACAGCCGCGAGGUGAGUGACGAAGCGGUGCCGUCUUGCCAGAGCUUAGGGGAGAUUUGUGCCGGAGCGUUUAUACCCUGGUGGAAGGUAUUUACUCUCGAGGUAACCUGAGCAUUGUCUAGUGCAGGCAAGCUAUACAUAUAUGUAAAAAGAAUUUAUCUGUAUAUACUGUAGUGUAAGGAUGAGAAGUAAUGCUUUUUAGAUACCGAAGAGAAAAGUGAUUAAUAAAUCAUUAAAUGCGUAUCGAUUUGUAUGUACUUUGGUUCUGUGUUUUGGUAGUUUUAAAAUUUAUAUGAGAAUCGUGGAGAUUAUUAUGAUACCUCAGAAGCGUGUCAGUAGUGAAUACCCUUUUUAUCAGCAGAGGGUCGGCAGAGGGAGCGGGGCGGAACAUCGUGUGUGUGUGUGUGUGUGUGUGUGUGUGUGUGUGUGUGUGUGAGUGUGUUCGUUCAUGUCUCCGCCGCGACGCUGCCGCCCCGCAGCUCCCCGCCGCCCUGCCCACCCACACGGUAGAGUACAACCCGUCUCGUCCACAGGUGAACAGAAACAGGAACACAGUGCUCGCGUCCCUUCUUCACGCGCGGCGACUUGAGGUCUUUUUGUGAAGUCCCCGUGUUGAAGGGGCUGCCCGGGCACGCUGGUGAAUAUGCAUAUAUCUAUAUUUAUAUAUUUUAUAGAAUUUGAAGUUUUCGGUAAAUAUCUCCUUCUAGAUGGAACGUUAAAAUUAGGAGUAAGGUUUGUAGAGUUUUCCCGUGAGCGGCGCCUGGAUGAGGCAGCAGAACGCUCCGGGGACAUGGGGGAGGAAGUCUCGAGGGGGGACUGCCCCAUAUUCCUGGUCACCUUAUUCGCCCUCAUCCCCCACUCACCGGACCCACCCGAACACACACGCACACACGCACACACACACACACACACACACACACACACACACACACACACACACACACACACACACACACACACACACACACACACACACACACACAGCCCAAGUUCGCACGAGCGAUAACAAUUAUUGCAUUCUGUGUUUUUUUCCCAAACUCAAUCUCACUAACGCGUUUUCCAAAUGGCCUGUUGUUUCAAGCCUAUUGUACUUCCCAGUUUUCUUAGAACGUGAACAAGUUUUUAACAUACGCUCAAAGCAACACACAGUGGAGUGCUGCAGUAGUAGGUGGCGGAUGUGUGUGUGUGUGUGUGUGUGUGUGUGUGUGUGUGUGUGUGUGUGUUGGGCAAAAUUAGCGAUGGGGUGGCAAAUUUUCGUUUUUAUUUUUUUAUCUUAUUGUGUUUGAUGGUAUGAAAAUCAAUGCCAGUUUUCCUUAACAUAACUGACCCUAUGUCCUUUUUUCACUGGGAAAUGAAAAUCGAUUCCGGUUUUCCUUAAGGUAUCUAAUCCCGCGGCCGAGACCUGUCGCCUCCCACCACCGCGCCGCGUGUCGGAGAGUCAGUUCGGUGCCUCAAGGCGCGGCGAAUAUCGUAGCAAAACGACGAAAUUGGAUUUCGUUUCACAUGAUUGGCCGACUUCCCUCGUCAUGAUUUUUGCAGGCAAGUGAUGGAGGCUAAUAGGCUGUUACAACGGCCCGGGGACUGGAGCGUGGGGUGCGGCGGGGACAGGGAUGGUGACGUGCCGGUAUGGGGUGGGUUGAGGAAGGUAAGGGGACUGGGGUGAGGAGCAGACAGAUGCGGGCCGCGGGAUGGGACGGGGAGGAGACGGUAACGCUGAGGGAGACGCGGGGAAUGGAGGUCACACAAAUAUUUCACCGAUUUGCAAGUUUAACAUUUAUUUGAUUGGAAUUUUACUAUAUUCUAUGAGUCCGGUCACACAUCUUUAACUAUUCAUCAGCCAUGUUCGUUCACUCGUUUUGUUGCAGCGUAUAAUAAAAUCCCCGAUACAUUAGCAAAGCAGACGAGUUAUUGGAAUUUUCCAUCUCCCUGAUUUGCGUUGAGGAAUUGCAGAAAGGAACUCUAAGAACAUUUUAUAUUUUACCUUUCAAUGCUACAUUUCUCCCCUUAAAAUAUUCGCUUCCUGAUAACUGCACGGUGUCCUGGGGCAAGGCUUCAGUGUUCUACCCCCCGUGGCCUCGAUGCCGCGUCUCUCGUGUGCAGAACUUGAAACAAAAAAUUUAAAAAAAUGCAGAAAACAUCAUGCGAACUUGGGUACUUUCACCAGCUACCGGCGUUGACUGAGCGGCGAGGAGGACCAGUGACAACAGCUGAUGAUGUAACCCAUUCAUGGAGCACUCCCAUGCGUCACUACUUCUCCCACCCGCCACUCACUCCUACACACACACACACACACACACACACACACACACACACACACACACACACACACACACACACACACACACACACACACACAGAGUAGUUCUCUAAAUGAUAAGGUGUCAUGACAACCUUACUGGCGUGCAAAGUUACCUUAAAAAGAAUAAAUCAAGAAUCUUUUGUCGAUUUUCGCAGUUUAUAUGGACGGCCGGAUGGUGUUUUGUACGUCUAGCGAGGGCCGCGUCGCCCCUUUGAUCGUAGGUGUUGUGAACUAUCUCUCCCGGUCACCUGUUGAGCCGACCGAGCAAAUGCUGCCCGAGUUUCAGGUUAGCAGAAGGCCUAGAAUGGCGUGCCUUGACUCCUGACAGAGGCAGGAAGAGAAGUGUACAUAGCCUUCUCUCUGUGUGUGCACGAGUGUGUGUACGAAAGAGAGAGAGAGAGAGAGAGAGAGAGAGAGAGAGAGAGAGAGAGAGAGAGAGAGAGAGAGAGAGAGAGAGAGAAUUUUAUUACAAAAUGUAGUUCGUAGUUUAGAUAUAUAUUUUUAGGUUAUAUAUUUAAUCAUGUUGACAGCACCUUUACAGUGUGUGUGUGUGUGUGUGUGUGUGUGUGUGCACGGAUGCGGGCGUGUACGUACACAUGCGUUAUUUUUACUCAUGCGUGCGUGCAUACAUACGCGCAUGUCCGAGGUUUUGUGUGUGUACAACAGAGAGAGAGAGAGAGAGAGAGAGAGAGAGAGAGAGAGAGAGAGAGAGAGAGAGAGAGAGAGAGAGCAGUCAUUCCAUUUUUCGUUCGCUAGUGUAAAGCUGUUUCAAAAAGAGCUUACCGAUUACCGAUACAAGACAAAAUAACUCUAAUGUUGACCGACAAGGAAGGACAACCUUGAGCCUGCACCGCGAGGAGGCAACACGAGGUGCGGGCAGGUGUCGGUGGUGCAGCCAGACAAGCCACCAGACAAGCCACCCAGCAGCACACCGCCCCGCCGCCCAGCCAGUGUCAGCUGUUCACGGCGAAAAGACUCCAUCGCACAGCUUUCACGGCCACGGCGGAAGCUGUUGCCCCUCUUUUUUUCCUCGAUUUUUGCAAAGUACUCUAUCUUGUAUAUUUCCCGGCUUCUUAUGUACCGUAGGUCACACGUAGUUUAUAGAGCUGUCUAGACCUUGUAGAAAUUGACGUAGCAGCAAUGUACUAUUUUGGCGGGAACGGACGGGGGAUCGGGGUCAGGAACUAAUAAAGGUGAAUCAGAAUACAGUUUUCAUGGUGGGUCAGUCAUAGAGAAGGUACUCAAAUCAAACUAAUAUUUUGUAAUAAUUGUAAGCUGAGUAAAGUAGAAUAAAGUCUAACAUCUA